AUGACCACCGGGCCUUGGAAGCCUGUCAGCGUACAGACAUACCGGAACCGUAUUACUGAGCUUGAUGUCCGAAGUAAGGUCUCUCCCACUCUCGAUGUCCAAUUGAGUAUUAGGUUGGAGUUGUUGGAGAAAGUACCUGGCACGGCGUCCGUGACACUCAAAAGUCCUGAUGGCUCGAUGGUAGUAACAGAUGGCCACAUUUCGACGGAUACUGGGCACUCACAAAUAUCCUUUUCCUUCACUCCCGGAGAAGUCCGACUAUGGUAUCCUGUAGGUUAUGGAAAACAGCCGCUUUACACUGUCGAAGUGGAGGUUAAGGAUCACAAUAACGAAUUCGUAGACCGCAAAUUCCAGACAAUUGCUUUCAGACGAGUAUCGGUUAUCCAAGAGCCUUUAAUGGAUGCACAGGGGCUCACAUUCUUGUUUGAAAUCAACAAUAUCAGAAUAUUCUGCGGAGGUUCCAAUUGGAUCCCAGGGGAUUCAUUCCUGACGACUAUGGCACCCGAACGCUAUAGAAAAUGGCUUCAGUUGUUGGUUGACGGGAAUCAAAACAUGAUUCGAGUUUGGGGUGGAGGUAUCUAUGAGGCUGACGUUUUCUAUGAUAUUUGCGACGAACUAGGAAUCUUGGUGUGGCAAGACUUCAUGUUUGGUUGCGGGCAAUACCCUGCCUAUGAUACCUUCUUGCAACUUGUACAAGAAGAAGCCGAGCAAAACGUGAAGAGACUACGCCACCAUCCGUCUGUCGUGAUCUUGGCCGGCAAUAACGAAGACUACCAGGUAGCAGAAUCUCUCAAGCUGGAGCUAGAUUACUCGGAUGAAACCUCAGACUAUCGGGAAACCAAUUUUCCUGGACGUCAUAUCUACGAACGUUUAUUGCCAUCCGUGGUUGCAAAGCACUCGAACAUCCACUAUCACCGUUCAUCACCCUAUUCUGGACAAGGACAGCCAACUACAGACCGCACACUCGGUGACCUACAUCAAUGGAAUGUGUGGCAUGGCUCACAAGAACCUUGGCAUAACUGGGACAUUCUCGCGGGCCGGUUUGUCUCUGAGUUUGGAAUGGAGGCGUGCCCAAAUAUUCGUACCAUUGACCACUGGCUGGGCGAUGCAAAGGACGAACGAUACCCUCAAUCACGAAUGAACAAUAAUCACAAUAAGGCUUCUGGCUUCGAGAGGCGGCUCGAGCUAUACCUCGUCGAGAAUUUCAAGCACACGUUUGACAUGGACGACUAUGUAUAUUACACUCAGGUCAUGCAGGCGGAAACUCUUGCAUCCGCCUACAGAUUGUGGCGCCGUAACUGGGCAGGUAAAGGGAGGGAAUACACAGCCGGUGCCUUAGUCUGGCAGAUUAAUGACUGCUGGCCUGUGACAUCUUGGGCUAUUGUCGACUACUUCCUCCGUCCAAAACCUGCUUAUUUUGCCAUUGCAAGGGAACUUCAGAUCUAUACGGUGGGUAUGACGCGGAAGGACAAAAUAGACCAUCCAGAUGACCGUUCUGCUGCUAAAUUUGCUAUCGACACGAUCCUGGAAAUCUGGGGGACCAAUAGCACGCUGGAGCAAAAAGAAGUUACUCUUGAGGUGACGUCGUUUGACCUGCAAUCCGACUGGGAAGACGUAUGGUCGAAGUCUGUCACACUAUCACCAAACUCAAGCACGGAACUCCACAAAGGAACACUUCCCGGUCAACCAACGAGACAUAAGCAAAGUGAAAUCCCAAAGGAUAUUAUCGUCUCUGCUCGGUUAUUGGACGCUGACGGCACCAUACUUGCCCGUUAUACUAAUUGGCCGGAACCUUUCAAAUUCAUCAAAUUCCCGACAGUCAAGGAGGUGGAUCUCAAGGCCGAAGUUUCUGCGGACGGAGAAUCGGUUGUACUUUCAUCCAAAAAGCCCGUGAAGGGAAUAGUCCUAGACGCUGACGGAGAUGAUGUCGCUUGGAGUGACCAAGCCAUCGACCUCGUACCUGGGGAUCCGCAGAAAAUCAAAGCGACUGGAUUGAAAGGACGAGCACUUAAGGUCAGAUACCUUGGGGACGAGGUUAACUAAGUUAGAAAUAAGGGGGACUCUAUGUAUAUAAUUUAACGACAGUAAGUGGUACAUGCAACAAGGAGACUAAUAUGCAUUGGGGGAUCGAAUUGGUCGAGGAAAGCACGUGGACCGAGCUUUGCAAAAUAAAUAUUGGUGAAAGAAUGGCAUCGGGAGUGUCCUAGUCCGACCUGCCGAGCUAAGUGAACAUCUACAUGACGAGACAACGGCUUUGUUGAGGUUCCCCCGUCUGGCUAUUCGGAGCACGCUUUUCGAUUUCUGCGAGGCAGUACUCGAAAA